AUGUCAAGACCAAUCGCCAAGCGCAAGCGUGCGAGGAAGGCAUGCAUCCCCUGUCACCAGCGUAAGCGCAAAUGCGAUGCCGAGUAUCCAUGCGGCACGUGCACCACCUACGAAUAUAACUGUAGGUACGCUGACGACAACACUGGCAUUCCGGGUGGCGGCAUACACGUCCCGCUCCAAGCCGAGCGCGUUGGCAUCGACGGCGGAAGUAGUAUGGCGAGCCGGGCCGCCGCCGCACCGCGUAGUCCGGACAGCUUAUCUUAUGUAGCGGGGUGUCCCCGCGGGACCGAUGGCUCGUCGACACAGAGUCCUACCGUCGUAGCCGGCGCGUCCGCGGCCACGGCCACGGCCGCCGGUAUCUUCGACGAGCAGAAGUCCAGAUAUGCCGGGGCAUCAGCGGCCAUGGCAUUCCCGCACAUCCUGAGCAUGGCUCUCGGCUCUGACAGCACCCCCAAGAUGCACUCAAUCGCUUACAACUUUGGUAUCCGUCCCGAGGAGGCUUCCAACGCUCAUGGCUUGCUGGGGAAGUUCAUCUCGGAGGACGACCUCGGCUUCUUCUCAGGUGUGUACUUCUCGGUAAUGGCCCCUAUCCUCGACUACAUGGACCCGAGAAUCUACGCUCAGCGAUGUCGGGAUUAUUACCAUGGCUCCGGCAGCACCGCGGUGGCCUUUGGCGCCGUGGCCGCUGGCGUCGCUGCUCUCGGGUCGUUCCUAUCCCCCAACAGACACCCGCGGGAGUCUGACCUGGUGCAGUACGCCAAAGCCAUUCUCGAUGAUCCGGCCUCUAUGCGCACGCUGGGUAUCGACCACAUCAUCGCGUGGGCCAUGCGAGUGUUAUACCUACGGGCCACGACCCGCCCUAAUAAUGCCUGGGUCGCAUCGUGCACCGCCCUGCACCUCUGCGAAGCGGUCGGGCUGCACGAGGAAGAGAAUAUCAAGAAGAUGGCGUCCGUCGCAGGCGCUGCUAUCGUUGGACAUGAUGCGGACCGGCUGAGGCGGAUUUUCUGGAUCUCGUGGGCCGGGCAUAACAUGCUAUCCUAUGAGUACGAUCGUUCGUCUGUACGGUUUGGGGCCGUGACUUGCCAGCCCAUAAUCCCGGUACCAGGUUCUGUUGCCGACCAAUUCGUGCAAAUAGCCCAGAUCAUCCCGUCGCCUAACUCCCCGUUUCGUCUCGAAUGUCAGCCUCUAACUCCGAGAGAAGAGUUAUUUGAGCGUCUUAAGGCAUUGGAUAAGCUCCAAUUCACCCAUCCCUUCCUGGUGGUAACUAAGGCGGACCUCGCGUUUUGCUUCUAUCGGCGCAUUUACCAGCUCAAAAUGGGUAUAUCGGACGAGAUCAUUCAGCUCGUCAUUGAUAGUGGCAACGCCGCCGUGGAGGCGGCGCAGCAGCUAGCUAACCAGGGUCUUAUGUUUUGGAACGUCAUUGGCAGCGUCUUCCAGUAUACAUGUGUCCUGUUGGCCAUCGACACGCCGGUCGCCUCCGUCCACAUUGCUGCUGCCUUCAAGGGCUUGGAGAAUCUGGUCAAGGCUGCGGACACAGGACUAACGCGUAAAGCAUUGUCGAUGGCGCGUCAUCUACUCAGCCUCAGUAUGGCAAAGAAGCGAAAGGAGCUCGCCCAGCUGGAAGCUGUCGAGGCGGGCUAUCAAUCCUUCCAGGCGCAGCCGGAAUCCCAGGCCAACGCCGCUGUGCCGGACAUGAGCUGGGGUGAGGACUGGGGCUGGGACCAGUUCCUCAUUGAACCGUAUCUAUCAAUGCUCGGCCCUGACAUCUAG